CCUUGCAUUAUUUUUCCGAUUGAAUUGAGCGUCGGCGAGUGUGUAUGACAGAAGCAAGAGUGUUGUGUUAUUCUGGCAUUCCUUCAUCUCACUCACCCGUGGCACCGCUUCACCCGACGCUCUGCUAUCACUUUAACUCUACUCGCUCAAGACAUGGACCUACAAUCUGCUCUUCCUUGCUCUUCAAUAUUCCACGAACUUCAAACCGUUCACGACACUGGCUUUUUCUACUCGCUUCCCUCGCUCGAAGACGAUUGGGCACAGACAAGGCUUGAAAUGGAUCGUUAUCUUUGUCCGGAGCCCUCUUCUUUGGAGAGCAAAGACUCAAACUUAGGAAAUCCUGCUCCUUGGAACGAAUUUUUACUUCAACCGUUUGACGAGUCAAAUUUUCCAUUUGGCGACGACUGGGAUAUCAAGCCGAUAGAUUUCAGUACAAUAGCUACAUUUCCCUCCGUGCCUACGGUCUUACCAGAAACUCCAACGGAAACAAAACCAUCAAUGGAGCUCCCUGUAAAACCUCUAAAGAUCAAAUUACCGAUCCCGACGGGCUGCGAGGAGAUUAACAAAAUUCCUAAGCCAGUUUUACCGCUAACACCACCAAGUUCACCGGAGUCGCCUGUGCUAGUGUUUAGUAGCGCGAAUCAGCAGCGAACAAGCAGGCCGGCUUCGCGUUCACCUCGCGCGAGAGGAGGAAAUGGAGGCACAAGAGCGAAUAGCCCCAAAGACAAAGACUCGGAGAGUAAACGCCGGGUGCAUCGAUGUCAGUUUAGCGGAUGCCGAAAAGUGUACACGAAGAGCUCGCAUCUUAAGGCUCAUCAACGUACGCAUACAGGCGAAAAGCCCUACCGUUGUUCUUGGGAUGGAUGCAACUGGCGAUUCGCUCGCUCCGAUGAACUUACUCGCCAUUACAGAAAACAUACAGGAGCGAAACCGUUCAAGUGUGUGCAUUGCGAUCGAUGUUUUUCACGAUCGGACCAUCUAGCUUUACACAUGAAAAGGCACGCAUAGGGAAGGUAGCUAGAGAAUUAUACUAGGAAAAAUGAAUAUUGCAAUUUGGAAUUCAUUGCGCUCGGGCCUUCAUUCAAACGAAUUUGAAUUUCCAUCAAUAAUUUACGAGCAAAACCCCAGGUGUACGGUAAAGGUACCGCAAGUUGUGACACGAUAUUCACGGAAACAUGUGAUUUCUUUGCAAUUCAUUCGCAAAGGACCGAUAGUUAACGAACUGGUCUAGAUUUGACGACGAAGAAAGAAGUUCAGAACAGUAGCUUGUUCGGGCGCCAAAAGGAAGCUGAAUUAUUAGCAUAAAAGCCUGUAGCGGAAAUGACCCGUGAAAAGAAGGGACUCCAAUGGGAAUAUUAUUCAAUACAGGGAUAGACUUUGUAUUAAAACUCCAAAUGAAUUUCAAACACGACUUCGUAGAAAGCAUCGUAACGCAAAAGGAAAGCAUACCGUAACCGAAUGUACGUACGGUAAAAACAUUGAAUAAGCCUCGGGCUACAUCGAUGUAAACAUAUUUUAGUCAUUCGUUCACGGUUUACUGUGCAGGCUUAAUUCAAGUAUAAAACAUCAAAAGAAAAGAAAAACAUAAUAAGAACUUAAACGGACAAAGUCUAUGAUGUAAAUAUAUAAUUUUGGCAUCUCUGUAUCUCCGAGACAGAAGAAAUUAGUGUACAGAUAUAUUAAAAUUGAAAAGAAACGAUCUUGA